AUGUCGUACACGUCGGUGCUGACCAUCGUGGCGUUCUCCCUGGAGCGCUACCUGGCCAUCUGCCACCCGCUGUACUCGUACAGCAUGAAGGGGCUGCGGCGCGCGCUGCGGAUCAUCGCGGCCGUGUGGGUGGUGGCGCUGGCCAGCGCCGCGCCCUUCGCCGCCUACACCACUGUCCACUACGUCGACUACCCGCCAGGUUCUGGAAAAAUAAUUGAGGAAUCUGGCUUUUGUGCAAUGCUCACUGAAAACAUCCCAGCAAUUUAUCCAGUGUAUGAGCUUAGUAGCAUAGUAUUUUUCUUCCUGCCAAUGGUAAUAAUGAUUUUUUUGUAUGUACGAAUGGCUCUUACCAUAUGGAGACCUCACAGUGUUGGUAAAAGAGUAGAGGGCUCCAUCCAUCGCAAAAUAAAGCAGAGCCAAAACCGUAAAAGUAUUAUUAGAAUGUUAGGUAAGACAUUAUAUUAA